AUGUAUCACGUAGAAAGCCACCUAUACCUAGCUCCCUACUUCUUCACUCCUUUACUCAUUUCCUUCCUACCUAGUGUCGUUAACUUGGCUCGAUAUUAUUACCGCCGGACUGUUCGAAUCCGCGGUAUAAAUGACGAUAUUGGAGACAAUAGCUACGGAGACCGACGGUCGGUAGCGUCUUGGGGCUUAAGUGCAGCUAGAAGAUUGCGAAAAGGCCGCAGCAUCGCCGGCCUAAAACGGACAUCGAGCCAGACUGGGGCUUUUUUACCGCCGAUACUCCGAGAUUACGGGAGCCCGAUCUAUCAGGCAAGCUCUCGUACGGCUUUGCUUUCCGCCUUAGAAGGCUGCGUGAAAGGAUACGAGUCUUUACGUAAGGCCGGCUUCCUCCGUGGAGACAUUUCCGUUAAUAAUCUUAUGGUCAACGAGGAGGACGAUAAUCCUCGGUGGUCUUUCUUCUUAAUCGAUCUCGACCUCGGGUUAAGGAGGCGCGGGGCCUUCACGGCAAUCGGAGUCAUUCUCGGCGAGCAGCACCCCGUUAUGCACGAUCUCGAGUCAUUCUUCUGGGUGUUGUUCUGGAUAUGUAUCCACGACAACGGAUCGGUUCAACUACUACGUGACGAGAUAACUGAAUCCCUCACACCGUACUACCAGCCGCUGGUACGAUGUGUCAACAGAUUGUGGCGACAAGUAUUUCCAAUGGGCAGGCCGUGGGAACGGGAAGACCCAGAGUUGUAUUCUCGCGUGAGGCCAGUCCCCGGAGAAGCACGGGAGGAUCCAGAGGUUUUCUAA